UACCAAGAGAGGUACUAUUUUGGGACAAGGAGGCCAGAGAGCGGUAUGUGGAGUACGCUAAGAGAGGAACACAGACAGUCCACCACGCCCGGGGGAUGAUUGUAGGAUGUGCUGGGGCGGGGAAAACCACGCUACUCAAACGUCUGCGAAGGUGUAGUGAGGAGGAAACAAUGAACGAGAAAUCAACGGAAGUCUUGGAUGUCCAUGAAGAGGUUUUUGAGAUAGUUGAUGAAAACAAAUCACUAAAAGCUACAUCCCUGAAUACAAAGUACAAGUUUGAGGGGAAACCAUCAAAGACGUUGACGUUUUUUGAUUUUGGAGGCUAGUGUGUCUACUACGCAUGUCACCAGAUUUACCUGACCAGGAGGGCUUUCUAUGUUGUGGUGGUGGACGCUUCAAAGGACUUGAACGAAAAAACAGAUGUGAAUGUGUGUGAUCAAAAUGGCAGCCUUUUCUCAGAAUGGACCUACGGAGAUUACUUUCAAUUUUGGAUAAAGUCUAUUCAUACUUUUUGGGGGAGGGAGAAGAGAAUGAUGAAUCGACCAAUAGUUCUCAUUGUCGGAACACACUGGGAGAAUUCUAAAUACAAGAAUGAAGAGGAAUUUGUUGAACGCUUACAAGAAAAAUUCCCAAAGAAUUCUAACUUACUACAGUAUGUGGACAAAGAUAGCUGCUUCUUCACACAGUUUCCCCUCACACCUUUGGAGGCUUUAGAAAAACGUAUAGUUGAGAUUGCAUCUCAAAAGCGGUGGAAAGAGGAGAUUCCAAAAGACUGGGCCUUUUUUGAAAUUGAAAUCAAUCAAAGGAAAGCUGAGAGAAAAAUGUUGGAUCUGACAGAUAUAGUUUCAAAGCAUACAGAAUAUAAUAAAGAGAAAAAUGAAAGAAUAGACAUGUUGCGUUAUUAUCAUGAUGCUGGGAAGGUUUUGUACUUUAACGAAGAUGGAUUGGAAAGAUGGGUAAUUAUUGAUGUACAGUGGUUUGUUAAUGUCUUUAAAGGUAUCAUCACUGAUAAACUUCAUUUGAAAGGAAUUGAAGCUACAAGAUUAGAUUGGGAAGAUUACUACAAUACUGGUUGUCUUAGAAAAGAAGUAUUAAUGGAUAUAUUUAAACAUAAAGAAAACAAAAAUGCUAUAGCAAAUUUCGCUGUUCCAGAGAGUCAUGCUUCCAACAAGUCAGAUGUAACUGUUUAUUAUGUAAGAGACGAAACACAACAUUCUGGAAAAGAGAAAAUUGAUCAGAAUUCGCCAUAUCUUUUGGGUAACUUGGACAUUAUUUUGAACUUCAUGCAAAGACUCGGUUUGAUAGCAAAAGGAGAGAAUUAUCACUAUAUACCAUGCAUGAACAGGAAAACAUUUGACAAAAGCAUCCUAAAUAUGAUACAGUCCCUGAAAC